AUGGGCAGACAGAGUGCUUCCGAGGUGGUCUUCAUCUGUCUAAACCACAACAUAACGCUUGUAGGGAAGAUAUGGUUGAUCCUGAUGAUUUUACUGAGGAUCCUGGUCCUGCUCUUUGCAGGAUACCCCCUCUACCAAGAUGAACAGGAACGCUUUGUGUGUAACACCAUCCAGCCGGGCUGUGCUAACGUCUGCUACGACAUCUUCGCUCCUAUCUCUCUGUUCCGCUACUGGCUUGUUCAGCUGCUCGUUCUCUGUCUCCCGUACGUUAUCUUCGUUAUCUACGUCAUCCAUAAAGUCACAUCACGCCUCACCAUCGACACUACUGACCCCUCAGAUAGAGUUAGAGCUGAACCGCUCUACCAGAUCCAGCAGGAGUCAUUCAGGAAGACGGCCCUGACCAAGACAGCUCUCCAGGUGCAGCAUGGCAGGAGUCAGUGCUUCUCAGGAGCAUACACCCUCCAUCUUCUGUUCAGGAUACUGCUGGAGGCUGGGUUCGGGGUGGUCCACUACUACCUGUUUGGGUUCUAUAUCCCCAGGAGGUUCCUGUGCCAGCAGACUCCCUGCACCACCCAGGUAGACUGCUACAUCUCCAGGCCCACGGAGAAGACCGUCAUGCUUAACUUCAUGCUGGGGGCCGGAGCCCUGUCGUUAUUACUCAACUUGGCUGAUCUCAUCUGCGCCAUCAAGCGCUCGGUGACGCAGAAGACCAAGAGGAAGAUGUUGGUGGAGAAGAUGUACGAGGAGGAGCAGUACUACCUCUCGUCCAGCGGGGGGAGCAGAGGCGUGGAGGCUAACAUCCCUCUACUUCCCCAGAACCUGGUGGUGGAACCUAUAACCUUUCGGAAGAGAGGGGCCAGUAAGUCCAGCACCGCUGACCAGGGAGCCUAUCCCCAUCUGGGGGAGGCUGAGGACGCCUCUGCCCCUCGCUGUGGUUCUAGUUUCUCCUCGGGGCAUCCAGGCGCCAACACCAAUGGGAACAACCUCUACCCUGCAGCCCAGGAGGAGGGCCGCGAGGCAGAGGGGAGCGAGGUGGCUCUGUGCCCUGUAGAGCCCAUCGGGACACCCAGGUCCAUCAGGGUUAGCAAACGUAGCCGCCUCAAACCGCCCCCGCCCCCACGACGGGACCUGUGCCCCCCAACGGCAACCGCUGCGGGCGUCCCCCCAGGAACAGCGGUGUGCACCAGGAGAGUGGGUCAGUACACCCUGGUAGAGAUGACAGCCUCGGACUUGCAGUCCAACACCAGCGAGGGCCAGGAGAAGAGGUCUGAGUGGGUUUGA